AUAACUUAAGAGGAACUAUAAGGUCUUUUCGAGCAUGCGCAAUUCCAUUUAGCUAAGCACGCUGCAUUCAGCAUCACUGUUUUUGGCGGCCAUUUAUAGAUUAAGAAAAAAGAUAAAAAAUGAAAAGGAUUCACUUAACAACAAAACCACCCAAAAUAAAGAGGACUGUUUUUGAUGGGGCAUCUUCCAAAUUCCAAACAAAACAUGUCAGGAUGACAUAUAAUGGUUCUGAUGUUAGUAAUAGCAACAAUAUCAACCAAGAAGUGACUAACCAACUUGCCCAAAUAGACUAUCCAGCUGACCAAUUUGAUUUUCAAUGUGAAGAUAAUGUGAACAGUAAUCCUGGAAGAAUCAAUCUUACAUACGCAGAAAAAAGGAAAAGGGUAAUGGGAGCAUGGGACUUGCUGAGAGACAAGCUCAUUGAAACCAGGUUGGAGGAACAGUCCCCAGCAACUCAUUGUUGUUGCUUUUGUGAAUCAUCUGUUGAUGAUGUUAUUUUUUGUCAAGAUUGUGGUCCCUCAGCAUAUUACUGUGAUACUUGUUGUAAGAGGAUUCACCAGAACAUUUUGUUCCAUAAACCACACCAGUGGAAGCAAACCAUGUAUGUACCUAUUCAAAUGACUAAUGAACUUGCCAGGAAAGACCACAUUUGUGAAUCAUCAUACUCUACUUCCAUAUAUGCUGUUGAUGUAAAGGGUUUACAACAUACAUGUAAAAUCCAGCUAUGCAGAUGUGAAGAUCCUGCUGUCACUUUUUUGCGUUACAGCUUAUGGCCAGCUACACCUACAAGCCCUAAAAUUGGCUUUGAUCUCAGAUUUAUGGAGCUAUUGUCUGUUUUGCAACUUGAGUGCUGUUUACCUGCAAAAUCUUUUUGUGAUGCUUUAGAUACUAUGCACUCUAACUACAUCAAAUUAAUCUCCAACGUUGAAAAAAACAUAUAUAGAGCUGUGGUUGGUGAUUGCCUCACUGAGUACAAUUACCAUAGGUAUUCACUGAAUACCCGAGCAAACAUAACAGAAUCUUCUUUUGCCACAGAAUGUCCGAUAUGUGUUAAGGUGUAA